AUGGGAGCAUUUUGCAACGAGGAGUUGUCGUUUUCAUCAAAUUACAGUUUCGCGAGCUCCCAAGAUUUGAGACUCUCCAAGCAUGUACAUGACAAUGUCCAUAGCAGCAUCUAUCUCGAUCCGCUAGUCUUGAAAUUUGUUGACACCGAGCAGUUUCAGAGGCUGCGUGAUCUUAAGCAACUAGGGAUGGCCCACAUGGUAUAUCCAGGAGCUGUACAUUCUAGAUUUGAGCAUUCUCUUGGAGUUUACUGGCUGGCUGGUGAAGCGGUUCAUAGGCUUAAAGUCCAACAAGGGUCGGAGCUUGGCAUUGAUCAGUUUGAUAUGCAAACUGUGAAACUUGCAGGGCUUCUGCAUGACAUAGGUCAUGGGCCUUAUAGUCAUUUGUUUGAGCGUGAGUUUCUUCCCAAGGUUCUCAAUUCAUCUGAAUGGUCUCAUGAGCAAAUGUCAGUAGAGAUGGUGGAUCACAUUGUUGAUGAACAUCACAUUGAUAUUGAUAAUGAGACCAUCAGCAGAGUGAAGGAAAUGAUACUUGCAAGUUCGAAAUAUGCUAUGAUCAAAAUUGUAUAUAUGAUUUGUGUAAUCUCUAGAGCUCAAAGGAAAAGCGUUUUCUGUAUGAUAUUGUGGCAAAUGGUCGAAAUGGCAUUGAUGUUUGAUUACAUUAUCCGCGACUCCCGAGCCUGUGGUGUGGGAUGCAACUUUGAGUAUACAAGGUUAAUGCAGAGUAUGAGGGUUAUGGAAGAUGAAAUAUGCUAUCGGUACAAAGAACAUCGGACCAUCCACAAGUUGUUUGCCACACGUGCUGAUUUGUACAGAACCGUUUAUACUCAUGCAAAAGUAAAGGCUAUAGAGCUGAUGGUUGUAGAUGCAUUAGUCAGUGCAAAUAAUUAUCUGCAAAUAGCAUCUCACAUACAGGAUCCUUCACAAUAUUGGAAGUUAGAUGACACUAUUAUCAAGACCAUCGAGACAGCACCUGACCAAGAACUCAAGGAAGCUAGGGACUUGAUCUUGCGCAUUCGUAGAAGAGAUUUAUACCAGUUUUGUAAUGAGUAUGCUGUUCCAAAAGACAAAUUGGAGAAUUUUAAGAAUGUCACUGCGCAAGAUAUCGUUUGCUCACAGAAAAACGGUGGAGUCACACUAAGAGAAGAGGAUGUCGUGGUUAGCAAUGUUCGGAUUGAUUUGACUCGUGGGAGGCAUAAUCCUCUUGAAAGGCUAACGUUUAUAUUGCUCACUUUUGCAUGCUUUCCUUCGUCCAGCGUCAAGUUUUUCCAGGAUUAUGGUAGUGAGGAUAAGUUCUCUAUAACUGAUAAUCGUGUGAGCCACCUACUUCCAACAUCUUACCAGGACAUGAUUGUGCGAGUGUACUCUAAAAGGCCUGAACUGAUUGGAGUGAUUUCUGAUGCUUUUGAGAAUUUUCAGUUGAAGACAUAUGGGAUCAAAGCGCAAGAUAUCGGUGUCAGCGGCGGCGGCGAAGAUAACUACGUUAGGGCGGAUCGGAUAGAUCUGAAGAGCCUCGACGAGCAGCUUCACCGGAAGCAUCUCAGCCGAGCUCUGACAUUAGAGAAGAAGAAACAAGAAGAAAAUAGAGAAAAUCAACGAGAGGAGGAGAUGAGGGAGAUUCCGGUCAGGCAUGCGUGGGAAAUCGACGCCUCAAAGCUCGUAAUCAAGUCCGUCAUCGCGCGUGGCUCUUUCGGGACCGUUCAUCGCGGCAUCUACGAUGGACAAGAUGUUGCUGUAAAAAUUCUGGACCGGGGUGAAGACGGACACAGGAAUCAGGCGGAAAUGGAUUCGCUUACAGCAGCUUUUGCCCAAGAAGUUUCUGUAUGGCACAAGCUUAAUCAUCCUAAUGUAACCAAGUUCAUAGGAGCUAUAAUGGGCAUGUCGGAGGUGAACAUACAGAAAGACAACAAUGGGCAUUUUGGGAUGCCGCGUAGUGUUUGUUGUGUUGUGGUUGAGUACCUAGCUGGAGGUACUCUAAAGAGUUUCCUCAUACGAAACUGUAGAAAAAAACUCGCUCUUAACAUUGUCAUCCAACUAGCUUUGGAUCUUGCACGAGGGCUAAGCUAUCUUCACUCCAGAAAGAUUGUACACAGGGAUGUGAAAACAGAGAGCAUGCUUCUUGACAAGAAUCGGACCGUAAAAAUAGCUGAUUUUGGGGUUGCUCGUGAUGAGUCCUCGAACCCCAAUGAAAUGACCGGCGAGACUGGGACACUUGGUUACAUGGCACCUGAGGUCCUCAAUGGUAACCCUUACAAUAGGAAAUGUGAUGUGUAUAGUUUUGGUGUCUGCCUCUGGGAGAUUUAUUGCUGUGAGAUGCCGUAUCCAAACCUCAGCUUCUCCGAAUUGACUUCAGCCGUAGUUCGCCAGAAUCUGAGACCUGAGAUACCUCGAUGCUGCCCAAGCUCUCUUGCAAAUGUAAUGAAACGAUGUUGGGACCCCAUUUCUGAGAGGAGGCCCGAAAUGGAAGAUGUUGUUUCCAUGUUAGAAGCCAUUGACACAACUAAAGGAGGAGGUAUGGUAACUCCUAACAAGCAUCGAGGAUGUUUCAGCUUCCGCAGGCAUUGAGGGUCUUGAGAAGUAGAGUCCACAUUGACCCAAAGCUGACCGGUCGAUUUCUAAAAGAUACGGUAUUGAAAGUAGAAGUCAGUAUUUAACUAGUCUGAAGUUGAGAGGUUUUUGAGCUCAAUAUAUAUGUAUCUAUUCAAGCAUUCUUCAGAUCUGAAGUUGUUGGCUAUGUUUGGUAACCAAAUAAGCUAACUUAUAAGUUUUUUGCAUUCAAAUAAAUUUGACUAAUUUUUUUAAAAAGCUCGAGCUUAUCUCAUGAGCUUCUUUGGGUAGCAUUUCAAAUAAGCUCGUUGAAAUUUUUACUUCAGCUAACUUAUAACUUAUCAGUUAAUUUUACCAAACACUUUUAUCAUAUAAGCUAGUUUUUCAACUAGAAGUCAUAAGCUUAUAAAUUAUAAGCUCGAAUAUCACUUAUAAGUUAUAAGCUAACUUAUCAGCUAGUUU